UUCAAAUUCAAUUCAAUUCAUUCAAUUAAAAAUUAAAAUUGCUUUUGCUGCAUUAUUUAAUAAAUUUUUUAUAAUUAUUCAUAGGCCCGUGAUAGUAAGCCAGGUCUAGAAUAUUUGUAAGGCCUGCCUACUUGUUACUGAAUUAGAGCAACAGAUCAUAGAUUAAAGUUACUAGGAGACAUGAGAUAAGUUGCAGGAGCUGUACCUACUUUUUAAUUUUGAGCUGUGUUUUGAGCCUAAUUCGGGGCUAAUUAUAAUGCCCGUUUAUUAUAAAUGGACAUCUGUAAUGAAACAGAAACAUAGGCAUGACUAUCCUAGUUUGGAGAUCAACAACCAUCCAUUGAAAGUAGAAGUUCUUAAUGUGAAACUCAGUGCUAAUAAAAGUUUUAUAGAGACUCUUCAGAAAUGGAGUUCUCCAUUUGAGGAAUUGGAUCCAUUACUGAGAUUUGAACAACUGAAUGUGGAUGAUGAUACAGGACCAGAUGAAAAGUGUGAGAACGCUAUCAAUUACCCUAAAGUUUGGAAUGGAAAACGAACAGCAAUUUUGAACAAAUAUACCACAGGAGAGAAAUUAACCAUUGUCAGUAGUUUUCUGCCAGGUGGUGAAAAAAUUAGUUCCUUUUCAGCUCUUUUAAGACAGGUAUCAAAUCUAAAUGAGAAAGUUAAACAUAGGCUGGAGCAGCUUGAUGAUUUUGAUGAAUCGUCUGUAAGAAAGACAAUGGGCUUAAGUCAGCAGGAAUUCGUUACUAAAAUUCAUAUGCUUGAUGAUGAAAUUAAGAAGGCCUGGGAUUCAGAACAAAGAGUAAAAGCAUUUAAAAUUGCAAUACAGUGCUCAAAGCUGCUAUCUGACAUAAAUGUAAUGCAGUUUUAUCCCAGCAAAUUUGUCCUGAUUAGUGAUGUACUAGGAACUUUUGGCGCUCUAGUGUUUGAUCGUCUCAAAAGAAAGAGUUUUGGGAAUGUGGAUUUAAAACUUCAUGAUAUAGAUUCGAAUAGUGUCCCAGAGUCAGCCAGAGAAACAUGUCAAAACUGGAUGUUCAAAAUGGCUUCCAUCAGAGAGCUCUUGCCACGGUUAUACAUGGAGAUGUCUUUACUCAAGUGUUAUGCAUUUAUUUCCAAAAGUGAAAUAAAACCAGCGAUUGAGAGGCUGACAAGGAUGAUAAGAGGGAUUGGGAACCCACUGGUUGCGAUUUAUGUUAGGGUAUAUUUAUGCAACAUGGCCUCUAAUCUAUAUGGAAAAGAGAGUGAAUGCUAUUUCAAUGACAAUUUAAAGGAAUUCCUUGAAGAGUAUCAACAAAUUUUUUGCCCGAAUAUGGCGAAAAAAUUUGGAACACAGUUGUUAACAGCUGACCAAUACCUGAGUCUCUAUAUUCCUGCUGUGGAGUGGCUUCUCUAUGGAACAUUGAAUUAUACUAAAUGUAAACUCUCACUUUUGGAAGAAAUGCUACAAAAAUGUGAAACCACGGAAAAUAGUGAAUUGUUACUCUGUUGCUGUGUGUCUGCUUUUGAUUCAACAAGUGUUAUCAAAAAAGCUCCAGCUAUUUUGGAAAUUAUACGCAAUCAAUGUGAUCAUAUGGUGUUACUGAGCCAAAUACUGGCAUCUGUCGGAGAGCAUCUUUGCCAUGCAGAGAAUUAUUGCCAGCUGUCUUCAGAAGCGCUAAGCCAAACUUGGUGGAAAAUUGCAACCAAUAUGAAAUCAACAGCCGAUUUCCUUCAAGUGUUAGAGCCCUGGUUACAGUUUGCAUGCACACAGUUAUCGACACAGCAUAUCAACAUGAUACUGCGUGGUACAAUACGCUACAUGAUCAAAUGUGGCAAGCCGGCCGAUGACUACAGUUCGCAGAUACAAACACUCACAAAGAGAAUGUUGAAGUCCAUACCUGAUGUUGAAGAACUCUUCCUCAUGGAUGCUUUCAUGCCACUGGUGGAAUUGGUGCAGACAUCUAAUGCUCGUACCAUGAUGGCAAAGAUAGUGCUUACUAUAUUUUUCGAAAGAUACAACUCAGUUGAAAUAGAGGACCACAUUAUAAUUUCAAGUCUGAUGAGGCUAUGUUGUAUACUACAUGAUUCCAUUAACGCGGUGACCGUGGAAGACGAGAGUAAAGUGUGUGCAGAACUGAUCAAUAAGUUUAUACAUGCUGUGUCCUACCAUGAUGAUUUGGAGCAACAGCUGAACUUUUAUGUCGAGUGUCGAUCUGCCUUCAUCAAACUAGAUUCCGUACUUAUAGCGCUGGUUCAUGCCGUGAACGCACUAGCGGCGCGUGCCGACAUGUCGCGCGGGCGCUGGCUGCAGCGCGCGUGCGCCGCGUACUGCUUCGUGACGGUGCCGUCGCUGCAGUGCCCGCUCACCAAGGCCCAGCUGUACCUGCUGGGCGGGCAGGUGGCGCUGCUCAACUGCUGCAUCGGGCAGGCUGAAGCGAAUUUAAAAACUUUAGUGGGUCUAAUACCUGAAAUUCCACAGUUUAUUCAAGAGGAUGGUCAAAAUAAAUCUACUCACGAUAAAGUAGUCGGCCUACUCAGUAAUUUCCUGUCAACUCUUUUAAUUUUACCGGACAAUAUGGACAGCAACAGCAAGGCUUACAUACUGAGUGGUUUCAUAAAGACUAUGGAAAGAAUACAUUGGAGGAAGACUGAUCCGUUAUAUUAUACUUUACUACUUAGGACCUUGGACCUUCUUUGUCAAAUGACACAGGAAACAUAUGCUUAUCACAUAGAUGGAGUUCUAUCGAACGACGAAUUGUAUGGUUCUGAAGAGGAGUUCGUAGAAGCUAUAGAAAACCACGCCACAAAUAUAUGCCAGGAGUUGUUGGUAGUUUUAAAAAACCUUGGCGACGCCAAAGAAACAAAAAAGCAAUACAAUUUAGCAUUGGAACUGUUUUGGCGUAUUGUGAGACGAGGUAAACUUCAAGAGGGCUCUAUGACAAAUCUCGCAGCGAAUCUGUGGGCACUAGCACAAAAAAUACAGGACUCCAAUAAUAGGUUUGCCAAGGCACUAUUAUCCGUCUUGGAAAAGGACCAAAAUGUGGAGUGUCGGCGAUUAUUCGAUAAAAUUAACUUGAGUUAAGCAAUUACCUAGGUACUAAAGAUAUGAUUUAGGUAUUUAUUCAUUCCAUUUAUCUAAGACAUGAAAUAUUAUACAUGUAUAAAAAUAUCAAUAUUACGAACUUUUGUAUUUUAAAUACUCACAGUUUAUUGUUUGAAAACAAAUAAACGCAUUCGAAUAAUCAUUUUAA